AAUUGGACUCCUAUACUUCGUCGAAGACGCCUAGUGCGUGUGACGGUUCUGCGAUGCUUGUUGCAGAAACAGGGUUCUUCUGCUGGUGGAAGAAAUUGUCAUAAUUGAAGAAGCAGGGCAUUUGAUCGGAAGCUCUUAUCAAAACAAUAACCCUUUCUUUUCUCCGUCCUCAAAUUCCUGACCGUUAAUCGAACAAUGAACGAUGAGAGCUCAACAUCUUAGGCAAGUUGGUCGGAGGAAGAGGUCUGUUUAGCCGAGGCCCGAGGGUGUCUCGGAAGCAGAGAGAGAGAGAGAGAGAGAGAGGUGGUGAGUUUGGUUGGCGAUGGAGAGCGUACAGCACAGAACCAUCGAGACCAAUGGCAUCAAGAUGCACAUAGCAGAGAAGGGCAGCGGCCCUUUGGUGCUGCUUCUCCACGGCUUCCCUGAGCUCUGGUACUCAUGGCGCCACCAGAUCCUUGCUCUAGCAGAUAGUGGGUACCACGCCGUUGCCCCUGACCUCAGAGGCUACGGCGACACCGACGCCCCCCAGGGCGUCGACAACUACACUUAUUUCCAUAUCGUCGGGGACCUCAUCGGCCUGCUCAACGCUCUUGGCGAGGAAAAGGUUUUCGUAGCUGGGCAUGAUUGGGGAGCUCUGACCGCCUGGUAUCUCUGCCUGUUUCGACCGGACAGGGUGAAGGCACUGGUGAAUCUGAGCGUUCAGUUUACGCCUCGAAAUCUGGCUAUCAAGCCUGUCGAUCUUAUGAGGAAAGCAUUUGGUGAUGACUAUUACGUCUGCAGAUUCCAGGAGCCCGGAAAAGCAGAAGCUGAGUUGGCUGAUACUGAGAAAUCUAUAAAAACCUUCCUGACUUACCGGAAAACGGGUCCUCCCAUUUUUCCCGAUGGUUUAUUCGAAAGUUGGUCAGCACCUGAUACCUUGCCUGCAUGGUUAUCAGAGGAAGAAUUACGUUAUUAUGUGGACAAGUUUCAGAAAAGCGGCUUCACUGGCGGCUUGAACUACUAUCGCAACUUGAACCGAAAUUGGGAGCUUUUGGCGCCAUGGCAAGGAUCAAAGAUUAUGGUACCAACUAAGUUCGUCGUUGGAGAUGAGGACGUCGUCUACACCACUCCAGGUGCAAAAGAAUACAUCCAUGGUGACUGCUUCAAGUCUGACGUUCCGCUGCUGGAAGAGAUUGUCAUAAUAGAAGGAGCAGGGCAUUUCAUUACCCAGGAAAGGCCAAACGAGGUUAGCCAGCACAUCCUCGACUUCAUUAACAAGUUCCAAGUUUGGGUGGAUAUAGAAAAGGCACGACUGCAGCAAUCGAAAGAGACAAAACGAUGGCUUUGUUUUUCCCGUAUCAACGAUGAGAUGUCCAUUCUCCUAGAUUUUAAAAUCAGUGGUAGGAAAGGCUAUGGCUGCCAGAUCCGAGAGGGAUCUUUAGCUGGGGGUGCCGGAGAGAGGGAGAGAGUGUGGCUGGUGAUGGAGAGCAUACAGCACAGAACCAUAGAGACCAAUGGCAUCAAGAUGCACAUAGCAGAGAAGGGCAGCGGCCCCCUGGUGCUGCUCCUCCACGGCUUCCCUGAGCUCUGGUACACAUGGCGCCACCAGAUCCUCGCUCUAGCGGACGAUGGCUACCAUGCUUUGGCCCCCGACCUCAGAGGCUACGGAGACACCGACGCCCCUCAGGGCAUCGACAACUACACUUGUUUCCAUAUCGUCGGAGACCUCAUCGGCCUGCUUAACGCCCUUGGCGAGGAAAAAGUUUUCGUAAUUGGGCAUGACUGGGGAGCCGUGAUUGCCUGGUACCUUUGCCUGUUUAGACCAGACAGAGUGAAGGCAUUGGUGAAUCUGAGUGUUCACUUUACACGUCGAAAUCCGGAUAUGAAGCCCGUUGAUCUUAUGAGAAAAGCAAUUGGUGAUGGCUAUUACAUCUGCAGAUUCCAGGAACCUGGGCUAGCAGAAGCUGAGUUUGCUGAUACUGAAAAAACUAUGAGGUCCAUUCUGACUUACCGCAACCCAGCUCCUCCAAUUUCUCCUUCAGGAACGUCCUUGGAAGGAUCACCAGCACCUCCAAUUUCUCCUUCAGGAACGUCCUUGGAAGUAUCACCAUCUCCACAGUCCUUACCUGAUUGGUUAUCAGAGGAGGACGUGCAGUACUAUGCACAGAAGUUCAAAAGAAGUGGAUUUACUGGUGGUUUGAACUAUUACCGCAAUCUCAAUCGAAACUGGGAGCUUUUAGCACCAUGGUCAGGGGCAAAAAUUACCAUACCGACUAAGUUUAUUGUCGGAGAACUGGACAUGGUGUAUAAUGCACCCGGCGCGAAGGAUUAUAUUCACAAGGGGGGCUUCAAAUCUGACGUUCCAUUUUUACAUGACAUCAUUGUGGUCAAUGGAGCAGGGCAUUUUAUUAAUCAGGAAAGGCCACAUGAGAUCAGCCAUCAUAUUCUGGACUUCAUCAAGAGGUUCUGAUUUGCUUCUCAGUUUUAUUUACCUCCAAUCUCCACUUAGAGUGGUCAAACGUGUUCACUGCACUGAAAUGUGAGUUCUGUUCAAGUGUUGUUUGAUCACCUGGUUGUUUAGUUAAUGAGAAGCAUGCGUUUCCCAUAAUAUAUUACGGUAAAAGUGUUUAAUUUUUCUCUCAUAUGGGCAAGAAAAGGAAAUGUGAUGUCGGCAAAUUUGUCAGAUGUGACCCUCAAAGCCAAUUACAUAAUGGAAGCUGAUCAGUUUGUCUUC